AUUCCUUCCUUCUGCAUUGCACUCACAUACACCAUGGAAGGAACUCCCGGCUCAAAAUUCUCAUUAGACUCGCUCAUAUCUUCGGUGCUACCCUCCAUCGACGCCGGCAGCCCUGUGGUCGAUGCGUCCACAAAGUUCAGGCGCACGAGAGCCUCAGAAAGAGCAGCGCCACCAGUCGCCACCCAAAGUGCAACCACGCCCAAGCAACCAAACAUCAAAAGCACGCCCCAGAUACCAGCAGAUGUGGCCGCAGCAGCAGCAGCGGCCUUUGAGGCCUUGGCACCAGGGUCAGGCUAUGUAGCCAUGAACACACCGUACACAGCAUCCACAGGGACAGAAGUCACCUCGCUGCCAAAAACGAAGAAGAGGAAGUUCCAGAAAGGAGGAGGAAAAGGAGGGUCGCAGCAUGGAGCUCGGGAAACCACCAACACCGGAUCGCAAUCAAGCCAAUACUCAGCAUCAUCACCAGCAAAAGCAUCAGCAAAAGCAUCAGCAGAACUCUGGUCCAUCAAAUCUACCAAAUAAAACGAGGCGUCGAUUUAUGGAAAGGUUCAAGCCGGAUCUUGACGCCAAUGCCGAUGCUGUGGGUGUACGGCCAGACGAGGAUUUCACGGAUCUCUUAGUUCAGCAUAUGGCGCAUACAACCAAGGAGCUUGAAGAGAAUGUGAAGCAACAGGGCAGGCUGAUGCAAGAGCAACUCAAACAGAGUUCGGCACAGUUAGCGGAUUCACAAGUUCGACAGGGACAACAAGAUCAAAACCAGAGACAACCACUGCCAUUUCAACAGCAGCAGCUUCAUCAAAAAGCGCGGCAACAUCAAAGAAAGUCUAAUGCGAACACGGAGACGAAGCCGUUUGUGCCGCGCAGGGACUGCAUGCAUUUUUUGAAGGGUCAUUGCAUUAAUGGAGACAACUGUACGUUCAAGCACGACAUUGAAGCGCGCGAAGCCUACCUAGCACAAGAGCAGGAGAUGAGGAAGACUCGAGGCGUGUGCAAAUACGAGAUUACGGGAUCCUGCACCAAGGGCGACCUCUGUCCCUACACACACGAUCUUUCGCUGCAACCCUGCUCAUUCUACCAUCUAUACGGAGUAUGCGACAAGGGUGCGAUGUGUCGAUUCGGGCACACGCCCAUUACGCCAGAGCAGUUCCAGCAAUUGGCAGAGAGUCGCAAUAAAGGGCCUCAAGCUGCACUUUAAAUAAGAAAAAAAAAAAAACUAUAAAAAAA